GUAGUACACAAUCGAAAUAGAAGGUUCACGUCGUACCGCAUAACAAUCCACAAAUAUCUCCAUCAUCCCAUAAAAUAAUCCCCAAUCUAUUACAUAAACAAAUAAAUAAGAUAUUCAUUGAAAUAAGUAUCAGAUAUUAGCCGAAUCCAACAAUGUCCGACUUGACAAUUGCCGUCUGUUGUUCGAGCAACAUGAAUCGCAGUAUGGAAGCCCAUCAGUUCCUCAGCAAACGAGGGUUUAAUGUGAAGUCGUAUGGGUCAGGCAACCAGGUCAAGCUGCCCGGACAGGCACCUGACAAGCCAAACAUCUAUGACUUCAACACCACAUAUGAGGAAAUGUACAGGGACCUUUUGAGGAAGGACUCAAAUUUCUAUACACAAAAUGGUUUACUCCACAUGUUAGAUAGAAAUCUCCGCAUCAAAGAAAAGCCGCAGAGGUUCCAGGGAUGUAAUGACAAGUUCGACAUCGUGAUCACAUGCGAGGAGAGAGUAUUUGAUCAAGUUGUAGAAGAUUUGGAGAGUCGAAGCAAGGAUGGCACAGCUUCACAUGUCCUGAACAUAAACAUUCUUGACAACCAAGAGGAGGCGACGUUGGGUGCUAUAGAUAUCUGCCAAUUAUGUACAAGGUUACAAGAUGCUGAUGAUUUAGACGAUGAAAUUGAUGAGAUUAUCCAUGAGUUUGAGUUAGAAUCAAAACGAGAAAUACUACACACGAUAUAUUUUUAUUCGGACUGAUCAGUAAAAAGUCAGUGACAAUUUAGUUUGCCCUUGUACGAGCCAUUCAUGCUGGUUUGAAGAUACAUGUAUAGGGUGGUUUAGCCAGACCCUGUGCUACGAGUCGCCACUGAUUGGCAGGUACUGCAUAAUCAUUCAUCUUUGACAGGUUUCUGCUCAACUAUGAUUGAAUGAUUAAUCUACUGGGACCCAUUGCCAGGGUAUGGAUGUGCCAAACUUCUCUUGGAAAAAAGAUGUGGUGUUGCCACACAAAAAUCCGAUUGUUCCAGGACCUUUGCAAUCAAGAGUUUUUGGUGGAUCAUGAUGAAAUGUAUGUGAAAAUGAUGUAUUUGGUGCAUGUAUAAUCAAUGUGAUGUGUAGAAUGUAAAUAUGAGAAUAUUUGUCUCCAAGUGGAAGUAAACAUUUUAUAUACA